GUCGCCGUGGUGAGACGUGUCUCAGGGUAGAGCAGUUACGGCCCCUCUAUAAUUGUUCUCAGCCAGUUAUGAUGCGGGUCUCCGGAAGCUGUUGGAGCUGGCUGAAGAAACAGGUGGGCCUGGUGUGUGUGGCUGGUCUCCUCGCCGUCCUCCUCCUCUACCUCUCCACCCGCAGCACCUACCGUGAGAGCUUCCUGAUGAAGGAUCAGACGUCGCAUGCCGUACGACAACUUACCAACAAGACUUUCGCUGGUUUGGAACAGGACGAUCCAGCGUUGGUGUCGUACGUCCGCCAGCUGAUCAUUCCCCCCUCAACAAAAGCCUACAAUCUCACCAACCCAACAAAAGUCCAUUUCUCCCAGUACGACCAGAGCGCUUUUGCCGAAAAUACUUUUAUCAACGGGAUGGGCGGAGGGUUCUUCCUGGAGAUGGGAGCCCUGGACGGGGAAGACAAGAGCAACACUCUCUACUUCGAGAAGUACCGCGGCUGGUCAGGCCUCUUGAUCGAGCCGGACCCCAAACUCUUUAGGACGCUCUCCGGCCUUAACAGGAAGGCUUACUCCAUUAACGCUGCAGUCUCUCUUACCAAUGUCUCCGCCCUUGCCACCUUCAGGCCUGCACGGGGCGAGGGGCGCAUCUGGGAGAACUCGAAGAAGGGCAUCACCGUUCAGUGCUUCCCCCUCUACACCAUGCUCCUCGCCCUCACUGUCCGCCAGAUCGACUUCUUCUCUCUCGACAUCGAAGGCCACGAGAUGAAGGUGAUGAAGGCCCUGCCCUGGGAGAAGGUGAAGGUGCGGGUGAUGUGUAUCGAGGUGAACCACGUCCCUGGAGGAGUGAAGGCCGUGAUAGAGUUCAUGGAGAGUCGCGGCUACACCUUCCUCGGCACCCGGAAAAUCGACGCCUGGUUCGGUUUGAGGGAGCUCCUUCAGGAGACCAUGGAUCUCGACAAGUACCUCCAGCAGCACAAGAUUGACACACUCAGGUUAAAGCUUCUCAGUCAGACAUACACACAGUAUCAAACCAGUGGGGGGCUGGUGGCUGAGUGGACAGCGCUCUAGACUCAUGGACUUAGGGACGGGGUUCGAUCCCCGGCACCAGCGAAAAUAUAUGGGCAGUUUCCUUCACCCUGAUGCACCUGUUACCUAGCAGUAA